AUGGUCUUGCUUACCCCCUUUCUUGUACUCCUUUCAACAGCGGCGGCGGCUGAUAUAUUUGUCUCACCAUCGGGGUCUGAUAGCGGAACUGGUUCUCAGACAAGCCCCUACAAGUCCAUUCAAUCUGCCGUUGACAAAGCUGUGGCCGGUGAUACCAUCUAUUUACGUGCUGGGACAUACUCCCCAACUACAAACAUCAAAAUCACCAAGAGUGGCACAUCCAGCGCGCCUUAUACUCUGACAGCAUACAAUAGUGAGAACGUAAUAAUCGAUGGAGAAGCACUUACAGGCACCCCAGCUGCUGUAGGAGGGUCGCUCGCAGAUGCCGAUCGAGGUGUCUUGCACAUUGUGGCUAGUUACUGGAAAUUCUACAAGAUCACACUUAUCAACGGGCCGUACGGGGUUUAUGUUCGCGACUCAUCCAACAACUAUUUUGAGCAGAUCACAACUCAUGACAACUACGAGACUGGUUUCCAUAUGCAAGGAAGCCUGUCUAACAACCAGGUUCUCUUUCUCGACUCGUAUAUGAAUCGUGACCCCAGAAAGAACGGAGAAAGCGCAGAUGGUUUUGCUUGCAAGGAAGGCUCAGGGACCGGCAACAUCCUCCGUGGUGCCCGCCUGUGGAACAAUGUUGAUGAUGGACUCGACCUUUGGGAGUUCAAGUCUCAAGUCACUAUUCAGGAUACCAUCUCUUGGGGCAAUGGUUUCAAUCGAUGGGGCUUCACAGACUUCGAGGGCGAUGGAAAUGGUUUCAAGCUAGGCGGUGGCGAUGCUGCUGACAUUGGCCCAGCUAAUCACGUUGUCACGAACUGCAUUGCUUUUGGCAAUGCCGCCAAGGGCUUUACUGAUAACAAGCAGACCGGAACAUUCACACUCACCCGGAACACUGCAUGGAACAAUGCUGCAGUUGGAUUCCAGAUUACAACAGCAAGUGCGACACUCACUAACAACAUCGCCGCGCUGAACCAAGCCUCUACCACGCAAUCUAAACAAAUCAGCCUUACUGGUGCUACGUCUAGCGGGAGCCAGGCAAUCUAA